AAGAAGUCAAGAGUGGCAAGUGUUAGCAGCAAUUGUGUUUCCGUGAGGUUUAUGCUGACAUAACUGCAGGGAUGUGUGUGCCACUGGUGUAUUUUUUUCUCAGCGCUGUUGUGCUUCACAAUGUGGCAGCUGGAGGUGUGUAUUGUGCUAAAACAGCCAGAGCCCGUGCAGCUGCCCUUGGUUUGGCUUAUCCUGGAGUCCAUGGAGCCCCUUAUCUCUAUGGACCAGCUCACCAUGGGACGCAUCACGGCAUGAUGCCACCCAGACCUCAACCUUACCAGCAAACUGAUCCUGAAUUGGGUGAGACUAACCCUAACAUGGCCUCCUACAAACAAAGUCAACAGGAAGUGAGAUCCCUAGAUGACAGAAUACAUAAACAAACGCACUCCAGGAAUUGGCACGGCCCUUACAGUCCAGUUCGAGGUGAAUACACCGGCGACCCAGUGCUCAGCUUUCCCAGAGGACGCUCCGUUAUGAACCGCGAGUCCAAUUUUGAGCAGGUCAAGCAUGUUGCCCCUCCCUCUCUGGCUGAAGCCCCAGGCCGGCCUGACCUUGUGAAUUGGGAUCCCCAAGGUCGCAACAAGCCAACCCGGUUUGUCUACAAUGAGCAUGACCUUGUUGUUGAUGAGUCUGUCCCAAAUAGACGUGACAUGUCUGUGAGUGGGCUCCGCAUGCCCCAAGGCAGGGGUCACGGCGCUUACCCGAGCGGUCUAACCGGAUAUGGCCGGUUAAGAGAGGUUCCUGUCCUCCGUUCAUCUGGCAUCACCAACAGAGCGAUGACUAGCCAAAACCCUGCGGAUGGUAGGCCGAGAAGGAUCGGCUUCUCUGGCCGUCUGGCUCAUCCUCCGUACAGACGGCUCAAUGUCGAACAGUUUUUUUCAAGGUAACCCUGUUCAGAGACGUCUGAUUUUUAAAAAGCUAAAUCAGGUCCAGUUAGGAUGAGUCUGUGAGCUAAAGCGUCUGACACAUAGCCAGCCUGUCUUGUCAAAUGGUGUCCCUGUGAGGAGUUGUUAAAGUUAACAGGCAAGCAUUUUUGUAAAGGAUGAAGAAUGUGAUUUCAGAAUGUAUUUGUCUGGUUUUCUCUAACCUUUUUUUUUGAAAAAUAAAGAAAACUAUGUCCAACUUAUCAGCGCACAAGCUUCUGCAUUGUUGCUUCCUCACCUGUAACUCUACAACAACAUUCUGUCUUGAAUAUAGAAUUACUAACAUUUGUGUUUCUCAGUGCCUUUCUCCCCU